AUGCAAGACCACCACGACGACUCCAUGGUGUCCCCGUCACCAUCGCCCGUCGCCCAGACGCCCUCGCAGAGCUCAGCCAUCCGGCGCCCACCGCGCAAGAGCACUCUCACCCAGCAACAGAAGAACCAGAAGAGACAGAGGGCUACUCAGGAUCAGCUGGUGACUCUGGAAGUCGAGUUCAACAAGAACCCUACUCCUACUGCUGCCACUCGCGAAAGAAUUGCGUCCGACAUCAACAUGACUGAGCGAUCAGUGCAAAUCUGGUUCCAGAACAGGCGCGCUAAAAUCAAGAACAUUGCAAAGAAGAGCAUUGAGAACGGUGAUGAUUGCAACGACAUUCCAGAAUCAAUGCGCCGCUACCUUGCCCUCCAAGCAAUGGAGUCUGGCAAGUCGAUGGGAACGAGUUUUGGCCGUCCCGGUAUGCCAUAUGGCAGCGGUAUGCUUCUCAACACAGACACCAGCUCCUCCAAAGUCGUAAUCCACCAUUUUGCCUGCCGCUCGUUGAGCGUUGGUAGCUGGAGGAGAGUCGGCCAGAGCGCUAUGGAUCUUGUUAUCUUCUACUCACCAGAGAAGUGCUGCGUCACAUACUACAUCAACAAUGACUCAGCCGGAUACAAGAUCGAAUAUCCUUUCUCCUACAUCAAGAACAUCAGCCUCGAUAAUGGCGACAUGACGGCAAACGCUGAAGGCGCAUCGCAACGUCCUGGAGGAUUAGUUGUUGAGCUCAACCGCCCACCAAACUUCUUCAUGGACUCAUCUGGCUCUGGAGGAUUCUUCCAAUGUGGCGACUUCACAGAAGACCAGCAGGCGUCGCAGGUCAUGGUGCAUCACUUGGGCGGUCACCCCAAGGUUCUGAGCGGACAGCUUGCGAAACUUGUCUCGUUGGAAUCGUUCCAGAACCGACACAACAUGUACGACCCGAAUGCCUUGGCAGUCUCAGCUCCGGUCUCACCUAUCAACCACCGGCCUGCGUCACAACCUAACCAUCUUGUACACCCGCACAUGGGCAUGUUUCAUGAUUCACAUCUUGCGCCGGGUCCCUUCCAAGCGCGUGGCCACAAGCGCCAGCGCAGUCGGUCGGUGCCUAUUGCUGUUGAUUUCUCGAUGCUCCGCAACCCAAUGCCUCCUUUCAUGAUCUCGCAAGAGCCAACGCCAUACAUUCCUAACCCGGAAAUCUUUGCGCCCAUUCCACAAAAUGCCCCCGGGCCUCUUGGCCCGCAUCUUAGCAUCGAUACCUCUGCAGGGUAUGGCAUGGACUACAGGCAAUAUCCCAUGUCAGCCACCACAGCAGCUUCACCGUCCGAGUACGGAACACCCUUCUUUUCGUCCGGUCCCUCGAACGACAACAUUCCUGCGUCGAACUUUGGACAGCACUACAACAUCCCUCCGUACGUACAUACUCCAAUGGGACCACCUCGUCAUCUCGCUGCGGUGUCGUCCCCAAUGCCUUCCAUGGGUCACCCAGAUCCUAUCAUCGCCAACCAAUCUCCACCUCUGAGCUCGUUUGGACGUGACACGUCUUCUGAUGUGUACCCAAUGUCACACGACAACAGUAUGUCAGACGAGGCGCUUCAAAUGACGGAUAUGUACGCGAAGCAAUCUCUCAGCCUACCAUUCCGGUCGCCGCUACUAGAUGACAACGUCGACGACUUGGACAUGCAGAAUUGGAUAGAUCCGUCGAGCUUGUCGCCUGAGCAUCAUCAUCAGAUGUAG